CACAAAACUGACUCAAGUUUGGAGCAAUAGGAAAUGGCUACCAGCUUUCAGGCGCAUAUUGAUAGAGAAAACAUUGGCAAUUCUGGGUUGAAAAAGAACGUGACUAAAGCAAGCCAAGGACAAAGAGGAUUAUCUACAAAAACACCAAGAAAAGCUUUGGGAGAUCUUGGAAACAUACAAAAUGGCACGGGAAAGAAAAAUUUCCAGACGCCAAAACCUUCAAAAGUGAAAAUAUCUGAUGAGAAUCAAAAAUCAAAAUCAUCCGUAAAACCAAAGAGAGGAACAUUCUCUGUUCUCAAUACUCAUAAAAAACAAAACAAGACAUUAAGUGAUGUUAAAAUCAAAACAAACAAUGAAAGUGUACUGCCAGAAAUAGGAACGAUGAUACCAUUUGUUGAUGAAGAAAAGGAUCUGCCAAGACCAGAGCAUAUUACAAAACUGUUAAAGCACACUGGACUUUUAAAUCCAUCGCUUCUGAUUCCACCAGUGACCUACCAAGAUGACAUCAAACUACCAUCAUCGUUUUAUGAAUUUGACUCCCAUGAGAUACCAUUAUUUGAUGACACCAUUGCCAACAUUCUUGGUUUUGAUGAAAAACCAGAACUUGUCGAAGUGGAUCCACUGCUUCCUGUUCUGGAACCAUUACCACCUUUUGAAGAAGACCUAGAUCAUUGGUUAUGUCAUGACUAAAUAUUACAUGACAAUUUCAUUUCUUUUGUUAAUGAUAGACAUUCGAAAAUGGUAGAUUAGUUACAUCUUUAUAACAAUCCAAAAAAGUUUGUAAAUAGUUUUGUUCAUUAUUUAAA